CACCCCACACACCCCACCAUGGCGGACAUCCAGUUCAAGCGCAUUCUUGUUACCGGUGGCGCCGGCUUCCUUGGCUCGCACCUCUGCACCCGCCUUGUCGGCGAGGGGCAUGAUGUUAUCUGCGUGGACAACCUGUUCACCGGGCAAAAGUCGAACGUGGCCCACCUGAUGGACAAGGACAACUUUGAGUUUAUCCGUCACGACAUCCGCGAGCCGCUCCAGCUCGAGGGUCUCGACCAGAUCUACAACCUGGCCUGCCCGGCGGCGCCCGGCCACUAUCAGUGGGAUCCCAUCGGGACCAUGAAGACCUGCAUCCUUGGCGCCAUCAACAUGCUUGACCUCGCCAAGUACAACGGCGCCACCAUCCUGCAGGCCUCCACCUCGGAGUGCUACGGCGACCCGCUCGUCCACCCGCAGACCGAGGACUAUCGCGGCAACGUCUCGUGCACCGGCCCGCGCGCCUGCUACGACGAGGGCAAGCGUGCCGCUGAGACCCUCUUCUUUGACCACAACCGCAUGCAUGGCACCAAGAUCCGCAUUGUUCGCAUCUUCAACACCUAUGGCCCCAACCUCCACCCGUACGACGGUCGCGUGGUCUCCAACUUUAUCCGUCAGGCUCUCGCCGGCGAGGACAUCACCAUCUACGGCGAUGGGCAGCAGACCCGGUCGUUCCAGUAUGUGGACGAUCUCAUCGAGGCCAUGAUCCGUAUGGUGAACAACGAGGACGACUUUACCGGCCCGGUCAACACUGGCAACCCGCACGAGUUUACCAUCCGUGAGCUGGCCGACAUUGUGAUCCGGCUGACCAACUCGGAGUCCAAGAUCGUGCACAUGCCCGCGCCUGUCGACGACCCGGUCAUGCGCCGCCCGGAUAUCACCCUCGCCAAGGAGAAGCUCGGCGGCUGGGAGCCGACCAUUCAGCUCGAGGAGGGCCUUGUCAAGACCAUCGAGUACUUUGCCAACCUCGACCUCACCAAGUGGCGCCCGCCGACCAAGAACUAUUGAUUCUUGCCUCUGCCCCCCCCCCC